AAACUGGAAAGCUGUGGUUGUGUGUGUGUAUGUGUGUAAAAUCAUGUGUGAGAGAGUGGAAGUUUUAACCACAAAUUUGACAUUGCGUCUGUAAGAAAUCGUGGCUCUGCAUCAGGACAUCGCUGUAAGAAUGAAUGAGUAAUUAAGGUACUAUACAAUAAACUGGUGGUGUGUGUGAAGUAAUGUUUAUGAGAAGGUAGUGGGGACCACAAACCAGUCACUGUUUGACAGGCUAUUGUGAGCAGGAUAGACUGAUCAACAAAGUGUGAUAGAGCUUGUCAGGGACUGUGUGGGUGAGAAACUUCACUGUAUAUAAGCAGGUGACUCAGUGUUGAGAGAUAAAUUGUGUGUGAAACUGUUUAUGCAAGGCUGUCAUAUCAACUAAAGUCAUGAGAGCAUGUGCAAGAAGUCAAUUGACAGCAAAUGGCUGUGAGGCCAAUGAGUGCCUGAGACACAAGAUACAAGAAUGCAUAAUUGUGUGUAUGAAAACUGUCCAUGUGAGACUAGCAAAGACAGAAACCGAGAAAAAAUUGGCUGUGCUGGGAGAGUAUGAGGCUGUAACUUGUGUGUGUGUGUACCUGAGACUAGUGGCGAAUUGAUUUACAGGUACUACUCCAGUCUAGCCCCACAGGUUCAGGUACUGAAACUGAUGGUGAAACUGAGAGACUAAAACUGUGUAAGAGACCACAUACCUGAGUAAAAGACAAUAAGUAACAGUAAUGAAGUCAGGGCUGUGUAAAAAACUUGACAACUGAGCAGUAUGUAAGAGUGUGGGUCUGCAAAACAUUUCAUAAGAGACUAAAUCAGACUACAUGUUUGUGAAAAACUUAGAAUAUGAGACUGAGACCAUGUGAUGUGUGUGAGAAACUGGAGAAGCUGUAAUUGUAUUUGAGUGCACAUGGUAAGCUGACUGUAUGAAGAAAAUGAUGGUGUAAGCAGUUAAGACAGGCCAUGAGAGAUUGGGUGUAUAAGACUGACUGAGAGCCUAGUAGCAAUUGUGAUUUUCUCAGAAACAGGGAGAGUGAUGAUCACACUGAACAGGUGACUAAGCCUGUCUGAGAAACUGGGUAUGUGUAAAACUCUUUGCAAGAGACUAUUAAAGGCUGUAAAUCAAGGACUGGUUGGAAGCUGCUUAAGAAAUGUAGGACUAGAUGACUAAGACAAUGUAUGAGAUACUGUGUGAUUGUGUAUGCAUAUGAAACAGCUGUAAUCAGACUGCAGGUAUGUGAAAUGAGGGCUUGAGUGUGAAAAGGUAGGAGAAAAGGUGAUUUUAUGUGUGUACAAGAAACUUCAUGAGAAGUUAGUGUAGUUGUAAAUCAGCGACUGUGAGAAUGAUGGCCUGAGUGGUUGAAACAUCAGAAAGUCUGACUGACUGACUGACUGACCGACCGACCGACCGACCGACCGACUGACUGUGUUUGCAUGUGAAAAACUGGCGAGAGUAAAUAUUGGUAAUAUUGGCCAAAUGAGACAGGCUAUAAAGACAUGAUCCUGUGUGUGAAUUGUUAGGAGACAGUCAUAAAACUGGGAAUCUAUGACAGAAAAUGGCUCUUUGAGUGACAGAGAAUGUCAGAGGCUAUGUGAUCGAGUAUGUAUGUGAGCCUGUUUGUAAGAGACUGCAGUAAAGGCUGUAAAUCCAGAACUGUAACUAUGUUUUUAAAAUAUAGAAUGAUCCAAACUGAAUGAAACUGCAUGAGAUGCCACAAAUCAAAUGUGCCAGGCCUACGAGAAAGCCCUCUUCUGUUUGUCUUCUUUCUUUGCAGGUCCCUCCUCAGCCCCUAUGCUCCAUUUCCCCUCAGUUCUCCAAAACUGGAAAUGCCGGACUUCCCUGGGGCUUUGCAUGGGUUACCUUCCCUCUUCUCAUGAUCUCUGGUCAAGUCCAGGCACUUGAGACACUAUUGAUCCUUGCCCCAUGACACCCACAUUCUUAACUCCAACCCAGACUCUUCCUCUUGGCACCUCACAGAAUCUCUAAAGUUUUGUUUAUUUCACUUAUUUCUGCAUUCAACAGAUGUUUAUUAAUCCUUGGAGACACAGCGGUCAACAAACCAGACAAAAAUCCCUGCCUUUGUGGAGCUGGUAUUUGAGUGAGGGCAAUGGACAAGAAACAGAUACAUCAUACAAGGAUUAAUGAGACAAGACUCUCUCUCUGUUUAAAUAAGAAAUCUGCAGAAUCAUUUUAUUGCCCAAAUGUGGAAGAGAUGAAAGCACUGACAGUCCUCUUUCACGGGAACUCCUAUUGAGUAUACAGUUUAGGAACAAAGAAAAUAUUGGUUAUAACAUUAUUACCAGGGCAACGGGUGAUUAGAUAAAGCAGCCAACCAGAAGUACAGGUUUCUUGAGUUAGUUUUCACAGGAUAACAUAGCACCGAUGUCUGAAGUCUUAGAAUGCUAACAAGACCUCUUUGUUUAAAGCACACUUUCCGAAACAGGCUUAUAUUAUCAGGAAACAGUAUAUCUGAAUGUCAACACACUUUAUCUCCCAUAAAACAAGAUUAAUAUUCUUGAGAAAGUUCUGUUUUACCAUUACAGCUGACCAAAUCAAAUUCUUUUACUUUGUUUUAAUUUGCAGAAUGGUAUUUCUCCCUCUGUGAAUGCAGGGAAAUAACACUGCCUUCCUACCUUUCUUAGACUCCUUAUUGUUAUUUUUAAAGAUUUCUUGUUUUUAAAGCAGCUCUGGAGUUUCACUCAAUAGGGCUUGUAAAAAAAAAUAGCAGGUUUGUGGAACUCAGUUUUACCUGUAUGGAAAGUGGGUCGAAGGGGAAUUAAUUAUUAACAGUAAAAUAAGGAGUAUAUAGAAUAGUUUUUUCUAGAUGAGACCUACAAAGGAAGAGUGGGGUCAGGGACUAGAAUGAUGCUUCUUGGAGUGUGGUCCCCAGACCAGCAGCAUCAUUUUCACCUGGGAGCCUGUUAGAAAUGCACCUUCCAAACCUACAGAAUCAGAAAUCAGAAACAGGGGUGUGGCCCAGCAAUAUGUGAUUUAACCAACUUUCCAGAUGAUUCUGAUGCACACUAAGGUUUGAGAGCCACUGUGUUAGAGAUUGACAGGGGUGCCAUACAAAACGGGUAGCUGUGGAAGGCUUCUGUGAUACAGGUGACAUUUAUUAUUUGUCUCCUCUUUUAGACCAUAAGGCUCUUGAGGGCCAGGAUUUGGGGCUGUCUUGUUCUUUGCUCUAUCCAAUGCCGAGAACAGCAUCCAAUAGGUGCUCAAUAAAUGUUGAAUAUGCAUUUAACAGAGCAUCUACUAUAUGACAGGCACUGUGCUAAGAACUUUAAAAAAUCUUAACUCCCAAUCUUCGCAACACACCCUACUGAUGUAGGCUCAGGGAUGUCACCUACCCAAAUUACUCUGAUGAUGAUGACCAGGCCCAUUCCCUCCUAACCACCCCCUCCCCAGGCCCUGAAUAUGUCCCCAGCUGGCCCCUAGGACUGGAUAUCCCCAAUUCACUCCUGAAUCCUCCCCACUCUCUUGUCACUUCCCCUUCUCACUUCCCUUGUGCUGACCUCCCUUCCUCAUGCUGACCACAGGGGACCUCCCUUUCAGGAAAGAGGAAGGUGUGUUAAGUCAGGAUGGAAGAUGAAGCAAUUACCUUAAUGCUCACUCCACUCCAUAAGGAGAGACACACUGAGUAUGCCACACUUGUUUCACCCUUGUUCAACAUGCCCAUGAGGUUGACCCUGUCAUGGUAGAGAGUAUGCGUUUUGCAGAUGAAGAAACUGAGCCUCAGGUUCAAGUCACUUUUCUAAGAUCACACAGCUAGGAAGUUCGUCUUGCUCCAAACUCCUAUGCUCCAUUUUCCCUCAGUAAGAAUGUGUACAAAGCAUUGAUUGAGUGUUGAAGGGUUGCUGGGCGGGGCGUGGGGUGCUGGGAAUAUAAUGAUAAAAUGGUACUAAGAGUGAGAUAGGAAGUAAGGAGGGGAGAGUAGAGGAGGUGGCUCAGAGGCAGAGGUGACAAGGGAGAGGUGGGAGCUGAAGAGACCUGACAAAUGCCCUCCCCUCCUCCCUGCUGCCCUUUGCCCUCCCAGUUCCUCCUGCCCUUGGUUCCUCUUUCUCACUGACUCCCAGAGCAGUUCAGCUCAUAAAGCCAGGCCUCCUCUCAGGCGGUGCUGCAGGGGUGCAGUGCUCAACAUGCCCGCUCUAACACAGGCUUCUUGGUUGCUGCUGCUGCCACUACAACUGCUGCUCACCCUGCCAGCCACAGGCUCAGACCCCGUACUCUGCUUUACCCAGUAUGAGGAAUCCUUGGGCAAGUGCAAAAGCCUUCUGGGGGAAGGUGUCCGUGUGGAAGACUGCUGUCUCAACACUGCCUAUGCCUUUCAGGAGCCUGGUAGCAAGCUUUGUCAGGCAUGCAGGUCCCCACAAUGGUCACCGUGGUCCAAGUGGACCCCCUGCUCAGUGACCUGCACUGAGGGCUCCCAGCUGCGGCACCGACGCUGUGUAGGCUGGGGUGGGCAGUGCUCAGAGAAGGUGGAGACUGGGACCCUCGAGUGGCAGCUGCAGGCCUGUGAGGACCGGCCGUGCUGUCCUGAGAUAGGCGGCUGGUCCAACUGGGGGCCCUGGACACCUUGCUCUGUCACCUGCUCCGCAGGGACCCGGACCCGUCGUCGAACAUGUGAUCACCCUACCCCCAAGUGUGGAGGCCGCUGCCCAGGAGAGGCACAGGAGUCAGAGGCCUGCUAUACAAUGCAGGUCUGCCCCAUACACGGGGCCUGGGCUGCUUGGGGUCCCUGGGGCCCUUGCUCAGGCUCCUGCCAUGGUGGACCCAGUGCGCCUGUGGAGAGACGAAGCCGCACGUGUUCUGCACCUGAGCCCUCCACGAAUCCUCCUGGGAAGCCGUGCCCAGGGCCAGCCUAUGAGCAGCGGGGCUGCAGUGGCCUGCCACCCUGCCCAGUGGCUGGGGGCUGGGGGCCCUGGGGCCCUGUGAGCCCCUGUCCUGUGACCUGUGGCCUUGGCCAGAACAUGGAACGACGGACAUGUGAUCACCCUGUGCCCCAGCACGGGGGACCCGUCUGUGCCGGCGGAGCCACCCGGAUCCACAUCUGCAACACAGCUGUGCCCUGCCCUGUGAAUGGAGAAUGGGGGCCAUGGGAGGAAUGGAGCACCUGUGCUCGCCCAAAGAUGAAAAACAUCAGCUGUGAGGAGAUCCCAGGCCAGCAGAUCCGCUCGAGGAGUUGCAAGGGACGCAAGUUUGAUGGACAGCGAUGUGCUGGACAACAACAGGAUAUCCGGCACUGCUACAACAUCCAGAAGUGUCUCUGGAAAGGCUCAUGGUCAGAGUGGAGUACCUGGGGGCUGUGCAUGCCCCCAUGUGGACCCAACCCCAUCCGUACCCGCCAGCGCCUCUGCACAGCUCCACUCCCCAAGUUCUUGCCUACUCUCUCCGUGGUCGAAGGUCAGGGUGAGAAGAAAGUGACCUUCUGGGGGAAACCAUCCUCGGUAUGCGAGACGCUGCAGGGGCAAAAGUUAGUGGUGGAGGAGAAACGGCCAUGUCUACACGUACCUGACUGCAAAGACCCUGAGGAUGAGGAGCUCUAACAUCUUUCUUCCACUGUGACCCUCUGACCUCCCAGACCUCAAUAAACCAGCCUCUUCCCUAAGA